AAUCCACGCAACACAGGGGGGGAAAUUAUAAUAUACAAUUCGUGCCACAUCCAUAGGGCGAACAGAAACCUCGAAUGAAUGCAGAAAUAAAAAUUAUUUCCGAUUCCGCUCAUUCAGAAAGACAGUCGGUGUCUAUGAACCAUGGAAAUGAAACCUUGAAAGCAGCACAGAUAAAAUACUCCCCACGAUCAUCAAACGCGCUGUACGGUACGUGGUGGUGAGUCUGGUCGGACUUCAUCACGUCCGCUCGUUUUUCGUGCGCGUGUCGCAGGCGGCGCACUGGCUUCCAGUGCAGACUGGGAUCACGCUCCGCCCAGUGGGUGGUGCCGCAGCUGACAGCCAAGGAGAUGGUGUAAACAUAAAGGAACCUCACGGAGGGUACAGGGGCUGCACGUAACCAUCGCCAAGAAAACAGACGAGGAGCUGCACUUCAACGGAGUACUGGACCUGUACCGGGACGGCGCGCACAUGGAGUACAGGCAACAGGGAGAAAGAGGAGAGCUCAGACCAGUCUUUCUGGAACCAGAGCCUCUGAAGGAGUUGGAUGAAGAUCUGGUGUCAGACUUGGAACUGAACAAUGGCAUCACUCUGGAGGAGAGGGAGGAGAGGGAGGAGAUGCAAGUAGAGCUGGCCAAGCUGGAAGAAGAAAUCGCGACCCUGAAGCAAGUCUUGGCCGCCAAGGAGCAACAUCAAGCUGAGUUGAAGCAGAAGCUGGGAGUGACGCCCCUCAGUGGCUUGCGGCAGAACUUCAGCAGGAGCUGGAAUGACAUGCAAGCAUCCACAGCGUACAAAAGGACUACAGAAACAUUAAGUACGGCCGGGCAGAAGACCACCGAGGCUCUCAGCACCUUGGGCACGGCCAUCAGCAGGAAGCUGGAGGACGUCAGCUCGUUCGGCCUCCAGUUUCUGUACGGGCAAAGAUCACAGGCCAUUGGCUACUCAAUCCGGGAGUCGAUGAGCAUGCCUGCUAUGAGAAACUCUACCAGUUUCAGGUCUUUUGAGGAUAAGGUGGAAAGCACAGUUUCCACCUUAAAGUCCAAGGUGGGUGGAAACAGCAGUGGGGGAAGUUUUGAGGAGGUUCUGUCCUCCACCGCCCACGCCAGCAUCCAGGAAGUCCCCACUAACACCGUCAUGAGUGAGAACAGCGAGCGGACUUCCUAGCUACUGCCGCACCUCCCGCUGGCCUGCACCCCGCGGCUUCUUCACGGCGAGAGGAGAGAAGGCCCUACACGAGCACAGAUAGGCGGCCGCCUCUUCCAGUUUAUCCUGCGAUAACCUCUGCUGCAUGAUCCUCACCCUGUGCUACCAUUGUACUGAAAUCCUAACCAAAAAAUGUGUCCUUUUCACGCUAAUACUUCAACAUUUUUGCAGUUAUAAAACAGUAGCACUUGUGUUCAUUUUGCAGUAUGGGUGUAUAUGGUUAUUUUACAGGGAACUUUUAUUCCUAUAAAGGCACUGAAAUGAAGCUUUAAUUGCGACUUGCAUACUCGGAAUACUUUUUGCUCACUCUGGUCUGAAACAUACAGGUAAGAGCGAAGCUUGGGGUCUGAGCGUAAGGUCAUCUAUUCAUCCCCCUGGAGGGCUUUUUUGGGGGCUUGCAGGCUCACGAGUGACUCCACUGAGCAUGGGACUCAAACCAGCCACCUUCUGAUCAUAAGCACAGAGGCCUAACCCACUGAGCCACACAAUACUGUAGCAUUUUGGUUUCAAUCAGUCUCACCUGAUCUAUUAGUUACCCAAUGGGAAAUAACAUCCUAGUGUUAUUUAGGUCCAGGUGUGUGAGAUUUACAAAAAUACGGCAGAUAAAUACACCGAGUGCAGCUCCAAUCCCUGUGUGCUUUUCAAAGUCAGCCAGAAGGUUAUGAGGAUCGAAGAACGAGACAGGUGUGCCUCUUCAUCCUAUCAGCACCACUCUUACCUCCUUGCACCAGAAGUCGGCAUCAUUCCUUAACGGCGGAUCGUCAGAAAGGCUGCAGGAUGUCAGAAUAUAGCACUGUGGCACUGCUGCGAUUGUCACAAUGGUCAAACGCUUGGCAUUCUCACCGUUUCUAUGGAGAAGCCUAGUGAACUUCAUAACAACUGAAACUUUUACCAAGAUGUCAUAUACAAGUUUGUACCUUCUAGAUAAUUAAAGUAUACUGGUCUGUGUAUGUACCAUGCUUUGCAGUUUUAAUAUUAAAGUGUUUUGAGUUUGU